GGAUUCUACCGCCAUAUAAAGUUCGAGGGCAUGCUGUGUUGGGUUUCAUUUACAUGUCUACUCAGACACCAGCGCACCUGUUAAGAAAAGUGAACUUGUCAACGUGUAUGUACUCAAUAGAUCUUUUAACUGCUUGGAAGUUUUGGCUUGGUGAUUUUAUCAGAAGUUUGUGUCUCUAAGCAGCAGUAUUCUACUGUUUGUCUCUCCUGGUAGAAGGUUGACUGACUUAACAGUUUUAUAAUGUACACAAUCAGUGUGUCGUUACGGGUAUUGGUAGGGAUUGUGGCUGCUUGUUGCUGUAGUUUGACGGUCGUUUCGGGUAUUCCUGCCGCUUCAAGUGAUCCUGAAAAAUCUGAUGCAGCGUUGAAUUACCUGAUUAACUACGGCUACAUGAACCCCCCUGCGUCAGAGGGAGCCGAUCUUCUGACCAUCACAGACGUACGCUCGUCCAUUCAGCGCAUGCAGCGGUUCGCCAACCUACCACAGACAGGGGAGGUGGACGCCGAGACACUACGGGUCAUGAAGAUGCCAAGAUGCGGCGUGCCAGACCCCAAUGGACGGGGGACUAACGGCACGGUGCUGGGUGGGAGACUCAAGAGGUACGCCCACACAGGGGGCAAGUGGCCGAAGAAGGACUUGACCUUCAGAGUGCUUAACAGCCCACAAGAAUUGUCCUUCAGCGAGGUAGUGGCUACCAUGCGAGAGGCCUUCAAGCUUUGGAGCGACGUGGUCCCCCUCCGGUUCUUUGAGGUGACGGCAGGCUACGCGGACAUUUACAUCAGUUUCGGCACCUACAGCCACGGGGAUUUGUUCGCUUUUGACGGACCGGGAGGUACCCUAGCUCACGCCUACCCACCGAUGAGUGGUUUCGACGAUCUUGACGGCGAUGUACAUUUUGACGAUUCCGAAACGUUCACAUCUUCGGGAUACGACGGUAUAAAUCUACUCAUAGUUGCCACGCACGAGAUCGGACACAGUUUGGGUUUGGCGCACUCUGAAGUGCAGGGCGCCCUCAUGCAACCGUUCUACUCUGGCUACACCCCUGACUUCAGACUAUCUUACGAUGACAUACUUGGCAUGCAGCUUAUUUACGGAUCUAAACAAACUUCACCGCCGAAUCCAGACCCGAGGCCCACCUACUCCCCGGAUGUCACAGAAAGACCAGCCACAACGGUUAAGAGACGAAACAAAGACACAUGCAAUAAAGCCUUUGAGGCUGUGGCGUACGUCAGAGGAGAGAUUUUCGGAUUCAGGGGAGCCCGAUACUGGAGAAUCCCCCGCGUGGGACAGCUCGUCUCGCCACAAGAGGGCGACAGGGUCAAAUACUUCUGGCAGGGCCUCCCAACUAGAAUAGACGCCGGCUACGAAAGAUGGCACGACCAGAAAAGUCUCUUUUUUAAAGGUGACCAGUACUGGCAGUUUGAUGGAAUCACACUGGAACCCGGUUAUCCUCAAUAUAUCAGUGACCUUUCACCUGACCUCCCAGUAGACAUUGACGCAGUCAUGACGUGGAAGGAGUACAGCAAAACAUACUUUUUCAAGGGUGACUUGGUGUGGAGGUUUGAUGAAGUCUCCAAGACGGUGGAUGCUAAUUGGCCAUAUCCAAUUGAGGAAAUCUUUCCCGGUGUUCCAAGUAAUUUGGGGUCGGCCUUCAGGUUUCGGGAUGGAAACGGUUAUUUCAUCAGAGGGAGGAAGUAUUGGAUGUUCAACGACACAGCCGGGGAAGUCUCAAAGGGAUUCCCUCGAUACUUUGGCGUCGACUUCUUGGACUGUAACUUACAGGAGAUCCUGCAAGAUGAGGCGAACGAGGGUUCAAAUGGUGCCGUGGGUCGAGGGGUCGCAGCGGCAACCGUCACCGCCCUGGGGUUGAUCAUGACAGUGCUAGUCAGGCUUUGAAAUAUCGGGGACCGAUUUUGUUGAUGAGGAAAACUAAAAUGACGUUUGAAAUUGGCGGGGGAAAAACAGAGAUUAUACUUGAUGAGUGUGUUGUUAAGCUUUUAACUCAGGUCUGUGGGAGUGGUGACAUGCUAAGUUGUUAACCGUGAUUGAACGCAAUGGGGUCAGGGUACAUGACAUCGAACUGCUGUUUUGCCGACUCCUUCUAUAUGACCUGAUAGUGUUGUCAACUAUCGCAACUUGUUCGUCUACAACAUUCAGGUCGAGAUCGAUGUCUCGGUGGUAAGGGAACAGUAUAUAAUCCAGCAGUCAAAUCAAUAUGUACACCAGUAGUGGUAAAAAGUGUGAGUUUGAAGUCAAUGGGGCAUGCUCUUUUUGUCGUUAUUAUAAACAGUGGAUUGGUUCCAUUACAGAAAACAGCAUGUCGCCAUAGGCCCUACACCAAAUGAACUAUGAAUUCAUACCAAAUUAACCAAAUUAACCAAAUUGUGUAGGUAAAGUAUAUUUUCCUGACGUAAUUUUAAAUUCCAUUUCAUAGUACGGUGGUCCAAUGGAAAAAAUAAUUUUGACAAUCUUAAAAUAAUAUCUGUAAAUUUGUCACCUAUAUAACAAGUUUUAUAUUUAACUUACAUCUUGAAAAUCUGUUUAUUUAUUACCCUUACUUCAAAUAGUACUUAAUAUCACAAACUGUAAUUGGGCUAUUUAAUAAUGAAAACGUUGAGCGGGUAACAGUGUUGUACACAUCCCCAUGUGUUUCAAUUGGGUUAGAAAUAUUAGCGCCCAACUAAGAAUGCCUGGCGCUGUUUCAUAAAGCUGUAUUGCAGAAAACGCGCACUGCCAAAUUUUGUCUUAGGGGAACCAGUCAGCCAUUGAUCUCGAUACCUUCUUUUCUUAGCAAGAUUUGUCGGUGCUAAGCAGCUUCUUAAAUCUGGAUUAUGUUCAAAGUAUUAGAUGUUGAUCAUUGCAAUAAUGAUUUGCAUAAUCUGCGUCAACCAAUGUGAUAUUCACGUUUAAGGAACUAAUCAUUGCCCUAAUAUUGUAAUUGUUGGUUAAUUUUGUCUUUAAGACAAUAGACACUAUUUGUAAUUGUCAAAGACCAGUCUUCUCACUUGGUAUAUCUCAACAUAUGCAUAAAAAAACAUGUGAAAAUUCGAGAUAAAAAUUGAAGAAAAAACACCCGUGUCACCCAAAGUUGUGUGCUUUCACAUGCUUGACUUCGGGACAUCAAAAUGUCAUUCUGAGGUCUCGAAAUCAAAUUCGUAGAAAAUUACUUCUUUCUCGAAAACUUCACCAAGUGAGAAGACUGGUCU